UCUUCUUUUUUUUGCCCGCUACUCGUAAAUUUUACAAAAUAAACAAAAAAAUGCACAAAACAUGACGGAGGAGAAGAACGACCAAUUGCGGCAACAGCUCAUCGCGGCGGUAGUGAAAAAGCGCGCGGCAAUUGCGCGGGCUCAGGAAGUUGUGGUGAGGCUCCUGGAGCCCGACGUAGCAGAGCUGGAAUUCCUGGCCAUGCUCUGGGAAAUCGCACCCAACCACUAUACCGACAUUGUGGAUGAGCGCGAAAUCAGCCGAUACUGUGGGUACCCGCUCUGCUCCAAUGUCUUGCAGAAUGUACCCAACCAGAAGUACCAAAUCAGUGCAUCGCAAAACAAGGUCUACGAUAUCACAGAGCGCAAGAAAUUCUGCUCCGGCUAUUGUUUCCGCGCUUCAGAGUACAUUAAGGCCCAGGUGCCGACGUCGCCGCUGUGGCUGCGCGACAGGGAGUUGCGGCCGAGCUUUCAGCUGCUGCCGCGAGACAAAUGAAAAGAUCAGUCUCAAAGCGAACGGCAACUGGGAAAGUUCCAAGGCGGCAAAGGAAGAAAAACAGAAGGAAAACCCAAUUUAUAUUUUGGAAAAAAACAAACAAAUUGAUGAGAAAACUCUUUAUAUAUGUGCGUGUGUGUGAGGAAAGUGGAGCAAAAGUGAAAACCUUGAAAACGAAAAGCCACAAAGGAAAAAAUUAACAUCUACAAAAUUCAAUUAAAAGGAAAAUAAAGUGCAAAAAAUGUAUUAAAAUUUAAAGAAAAUAUAUUUAGUGAAUAUAUAACGACUAAAUGGAAUUGUGUUAUGAGAUCUACUGAAUAUAUGUGAUGCAUUUCAUAUCGUAUAUGAAUAUAUAUAACAACAAGAACUUGGUUUAGUCGCGCCUUGAUGAUCACAAAUUUCAAUUGAAUUUAAU